CGCACUCGCUGGCGGAUUAUAACGGCACAUAGAUAUAAACAUAUAUAUAUAUAUACCUAUAUAUAUAUAUAUAUAAACAUAUAUAGACAGUUAUUAUGUGCAUGUCUGCGUAGAGGAGAAGAGGAAGCUGAAAAGCAGCGUUCAAGAAAAUCCAUCUUUUAAAGCUAGCCUAAUAAAAACAGACAGACACCCUCCUUAGACCUGGUGCAAACGAAUCCUAAUCGUACUUAAAGCCAACUAACAAGAAAAAGGAAAACAAAAAAAAACAAUGGCCGACAAGAAGAUUGGUGAAUACUACUCCCCACCGCCAAAGAUGGGCAAAUGGGAGGGUUUCAGAAAAUUCCUAUGGAACAGUGAAACUAGCCAAUGCCUCGGACGCACCGGUUCCAGUUGGGCAAAAAUUUUACUUUUCUAUAUUAUAUUCUACGCGGCGUUAACCGGAUUCUUUGCUGCCAUUUUUGCGGUGUUCUAUCAAACAUUGGAGGCUGAUAAACCCAAAUGGAUGCUUGACAAUGGCUUGAUUGGAUCGAAUCCAGGUCUUGGCUUUCGACCAAUGCCCCCAGAGGCGAAUGUUGAGAGCACUUUAGUUUGGUACGAAUCAUCGAAGAAAGAUAAUUACAUGUAUUGGGUUGAGGAAACUGCACGAUUUCUGAAAUAUCACACCUAUGACGAUCUACCCAAGAAGAAUCACGUCAACUGCUCAUUUGACCAUCCGCCAAUGGAGGGCAAAGUCUGCGGCGUUGAAGUUAGUAGCUUUGCGCCCUGCACUGAGGAUAAUAACUUUGGUUAUCACGUGGCCCGACCCUGCAUAUUCCUCAAGUUGAAUAAGAUUUACAACUGGGUACCACAAAUUUACAACGAUUCAAAAGCUUUGCCCGGUGACAUGCCCGAGGAGUUGAAGCAGCACAUCAAGGAGAAGCAGAGCCUGCGACCAAAUGAGACUGGCGUUGUUUGGGUGUCAUGCGAGGGUGAAAAUCCAGCUGAUGUUGAAAACAUUAAGGCACGUGAUUAUUAUCCUCGCAUGGGUUUCCCCCAUUUCUACUUCCCUUUCAAAAACAUUGAGGGAUAUAUACCGCCAAUUGUUGCUGUUCAGUUCACCGUUGAAACCGGCGUCUUGAUCAACAUUGAGUGCAAAGCCUGGGCUCACAACAUCCAUCAUGAUCGCUCGGAUAGGAGAGGAUCCGUCCACUUUGAGUUAAUGGUCGACUAAGAGAAACGCAAUGGAAACGCAUCAGUAAAAGGCUAAAAGCUACAAGAACAGCAAAGAUGAAGUGCGGAGAAGCAAAGGUAUAGCCAGGAUCCGUAAAAGGAUGCAAAUGAUGAAGAGGCGUGAAUUAGGCAUACAAAAACAAAAGGAAAAUUAAAUAAAUAAAUAAAUAAAAUGAAGGUUAAGAUGAAAGUUAAGCAAAGUCACGCUAAAUAAAAAACAGUGACGAAACACAUUCACAAAAACGUAGCAAAGCAAGCAAAACCAAAAACA